AUGAACUCUUCCGACGACGCGAUUUCCCUGUUGUUGGGCCUAGAUCUUGAGGAGGAUCCUUCGAACACCUCGCUCCAAAACUCGACGGACGACCUACUGGCCGGGCCGUUAUUCUUCGAGCUCAUUCCGAUCGCCGACAAAUUCACAAUUGUCUACCUUACUCUCAAUGUCAACCUGUUUUUGUACAUGACCGUCACCGAAAAGGUAUCAUCAAGACUCUACCGUAACGCACCACGAAAGUGAUAAUUUCUAGUUCGCCGAAUUCCGCGUCUUUCACGACUAUUGUGUUCUUGCAUGUUUGAGCAACUGCGCGGCUCUCUUCCAUUCGAUUUUGGUUAUGAGUUCCGAGAAGCAACCCGACGAUCUACUCGUCGUUUACAAAGUUUGGAUGGGCCUACAAUAUUUCGCACUGAACAUGAUCGCCGUUCAGCUAAUGUUCAUGUGUUUCGAUGAGGUGCAGAAGAAAAAGUACACACUUUUGAUGAGGUUCACACUUGUUCGACGGGUCUUAAAAGACGGAAAAUGCGUGUGAUUCAGGUUUCUAAAGUGGAUAAUAUCCGCACUUUUACUCGGUCUCCAGUUCUUUUUCGACUUGUUCGGCCGCUCGCAUAACUUUGUCAUUGGCGCAUGCUCACUGGUCUGUUCUUUGAACUUUUUCAGCUGCUCACCUCAAUUAUUUGCUCUCAGAAACUUGAUAUCAUGUGCCUGACAUCGUACGUGCUCAUUAUCGCAUCGUUGAUCACAUGGUGCGUCGGCGAAAAGUGCUCGAAACGAAAUAUUCCGCUGAGCGCUCAACAAACCGCGCAUCUUCUCAACUCGUCGAUUUACGCGUUUCUCUUAACGGUACGGACCAGAGUUGAGAACACGGAAGAAUUUUUAUCUUUUUUGGAAAAUUUUUUCAUGAAAUGUGAUCAACUGACGAAAUGUACAGCAAAUUGAACUGUGCUCAUAGAAAAAUAAUUGUAAAUUUAGCGAUUCAUACAAAAAAGUUAAGGGCUAACCGAAGACGAAAGGACAUUUUCACGCAACAACUCGAAUAACUUUUUUAAGCGAAAAGCUAAAUUUACAAUUAUUUUUCUAUGAGCAGAGUUCACUUUGUUAUACAUUUCGUCAGUUGAUCACAUUCCAUGAAAACAGGGGUGUGCGGAAAAUUUUUUUCGGAAAAUUUCGGAAAAUCGGGUUUUCCGAAUUUUUUUUUUCGGAAAAUUUCGGAAAAAUCGGAAAAAUCGGAAAACUGAUAGAGUGAUAGACAUAUGCGUAAGUAGAUCCUUGUUUUUGAGCGUUGAACUUGUGGCCGCAAAAACACGCUUUCUCACCGUUUUUCCGCCCAGUUAAAUAUACGUCCCACUUUCCCAUUACGUCAGCUUUUCUGAAAAAACAACACAAAUCGCAACAAUCGGUUCAUUAGAAUGAGAAAAACGAAAGAAAUUGCGUAAAAUUUAAAAAUCAAAUUUAAAAAGACGCUCGCUGCUAGACCCUUCCAAAAAUUUUGUGAUGCGCCUUUAAAAAGCAUACGGUGGUUUCGGACAAAUUGACCUUGAAUCCACACUAAUUUUCCGAAAAUUUUGCCGAACAUUUCUCGGAAAAUCGGAAAAUUUCGGAAAAUCAAAUAAUAUUUUUCGCACACCCCUGCAUGAAAACAAUUUCUAAAAAAGAUAAAAAUUCUUUCGUGUUCUUCCGCUCAACUCUGGUAGGGACCUACAAUACCCAAAAAAAAAGUUCAGGUUGGAUUGACCGGCAAGAUCCUCAAUCAGGUGAUUUUCUGGCAACCGCAUGGUCCCAGCCCGACCACACUCGUCGUUUCCCUGCCAGUUCACUUCGCCUAUCUUGUUCCCGUCACUUGGCCGUUCGCCUUUUACACUUGUAACUUGGAGUGGCUCAAAAAGUACGUGAAUCGGCCACGCAAGGCUUCGGUUCAAUGUGUGCAGCAGACGCCGGUCAGAAGGGACCGGGGAGGACUCAUCGAACGGACCGUUUCACAAAUCACCAUCACUUUGGACUAA